AUUGAUGGAUUCUGACUCUCUUACAUGCCUAGCCGAUUAGCCCCAUAACUCCUGCCAACCCUCAUUCAAGUUGGAUAUAUAGCUAAAAAAAUGAUGAAUUUCAAGAACACACGGUAAUCUCAAGCACUGACGUCCUUUUUUGUUAGGAUAAGUUAUGAUUGACGUAUUUUACGUGCAACUACAUAAAAUGUGUUUUAAAAGUGUUUAAAUUAUGUUUAGUCAAAUAAAUCAUAAAAUGGCCGAGGACACGUUGUUUAUAUGAUUCUUAGCAGCAAAACAAAGUGACUAGUGAGUUUAAUGGCAGCAAGAUUGUUGUCAAUUGCAUGCAUUCGGCAAAAAAAUUAUGGAGAUUUAUCGCCAAGUCCGCAUUAUCCGUCGAUGCCGAAAGGUGUUACACCGGAACAUGAGAAGCUGCUUCGAGGGUCGGAGUCGAUGGCCUUGUUUUCGGUUAGUGGAAUGAGUUGUUCUGCUUGUGCUGCGUGUAUUGAGAAGGCUGUGAAACGGCUUCCUGGGAUUAAGAAUGCAGGUGUUGAUGUGCUUAAUAGUCGGGCUCAGGUCUUGUUUUAUCCCUCCCUCGUUGAUGAGGAAACAAUUCGCGAGACUAUUGAAGAUGCUGGAUUCAGUGCCAGAUUAAUUGAAGAAGAGAACAGUGAUAGUUCCACUAAAGUAUGUCGAAUUCUGAUUAAGGGAAUGACAUGCAGUUCUUGUUCCACUACUGUUGAAUCUGUUUUACAGGCUCUGCCUGGGGUACUCAAAGCACAAGUAGCAUUAGCAACUGAAGAAGCUCAAGUUCGAUAUGAUUCAAAGAUUGUGACUCAAAGUAAGAUUUUUGAGACAAUAGAAGACAGUGGAUUUGAGACCAUACUGGUUAGUUCAGGGGAAGAUCUUAGCAGAAUUGAACUCAAAGUUGAUGGAAUGGAAACUGGUAAAUGUACAAGAAUCAUUGAAAAUUCACUUAAAGCACUACCAGGAGUUGAAGACCUCGCUAUUGAUCCCGGGCUCAACAAGUUUUCUGUUUCUUACAAUGCAAGCAUGACGGGGCCUAGAAAUUUCAUUCAAGUCAUCCAGUCGACUGGAUCAGGUCGGUAUAAGGCAUAUAUAUAUCCAGAAGGAGAAGGGGGAGGAGGCCGAGAUGCACAUAAGAGACAGGAAAUCAAACAAUAUUUUAGCUGUUUCCUAUGGAGUUUAAUUUUUACAAUUCCUAUAUUCUUAUCAUCCAUGGUUUUCAUGUAUAUACCUGGAAUUAAGCAUGUACUGAACAGGAAAGUUGUGAAUAUGUUGGAGAUUGGUGGGCUCAUGAGGUGGAUAUUGGCUACUCCGGUGCAGUUUGUCAUCGGGAGGAGAUUCUACACGGGCUCCUACAAGGCAUUAAAACAUGGUUCUGCAAACAUGGAUGUUUUAAUUGCAUUAGGAACAAAUGCAGCAUACUUUUAUUCCGUCUACAUGGUUUUGAGAGCUGCUACCUCUCCGCAUUUUGAGGCAACGGAUUUCUUUGAGACGAGCUCAAUGCUUAUUUCAUUUAUUCUUCUAGGAAAAUAUUUAGAGAUUCUGGCCAAGGGCAAGACUUCUGAGGCCAUUUCCAAGCUUAUGAACCUGACACCACACACUGCAACACUGUUAACCUUGGACAUCGAAGGAAAUGUAAAGAAUGAGGAAGAAAUAGACAGCAGGUUGAUCCAACGGAAUGACAUGAUUAAGAUCCUCCCUGGUGCCAAGGUAGCGUCAGAUGGUAUCGUCAUGUGGGGACAAAGCCAUGUGAAUGAGAGCAUGAUUACAGGAGAAGCUCGUCCAGUGGCCAAAAGACAGGGUGACACAGUGAUUGGAGGCACUGUGAAUGAAAAUGGGGUGCUACAUAUCAAGGCAACUCAUGUCGGUUCAGAGAGUGCUCUUUCACAAAUUGUUAGGCUUGUUGAGUCAGCACAGAUGGCUAAAGCUCCAGUACAAAAAUUUGCUGAUCGUAUAUCCAAAUAUUUUGUGCCUAUGGUCAUCGCUCUAUCUGUUUUCACUUGGCUCGCUUGGUUUUUAGCUGGAAAAUUUAAUAGCUAUCCAAAAUCUUGGAUUCCAUCCUCCAUGGAUAGCUUUCAGCUUGCUCUGCAGUUUGGCAUUUCUGUCAUGGUCAUAGCAUGUCCAUGUGCUCUUGGUUUGGCGACUCCAACAGCUGUGAUGGUUGGUACAGGAGUUGGUGCCACUCAAGGUAUUCUGAUCAAAGGGGGCCAGGCCCUAGAGAGUGCUCAUAAGGUGAACUGCAUUGUCUUUGACAAGACUGGGACUCUCACAAUGGGCAAGCCACAGGUAGUUGACACAAAACUUCUAAGAAAUAUGGUGCUUGCAGAAUUUUAUGAGUUGAUUGCUGCAGCUGAGGUAAAUAGCGAGCACCCUUUGGCCAAGGCAAUUGUAGAGUAUGCUAAGAAAUUUAGAGAGGAUGGGGAAAAUCCUGUCUGGCCAGAGGCUCGAGACUUUCAAUCUAUUACUGGACAUGGUGUGAAAGCUGUUGUUCGUAAUAAAGAGAUAAAUGUGGGAAACAAGAGCCUGAUGUUGGAUCUCAACAUUAGUAUUCCGAUUGAUGCAGAGGAAAUGCUUGCAGAAGCUGAAGGAAUGGCUCAAACUGGGAUUCUUGUGUCAAUAGAUGGGCAGUUAACUGGAGUUAUUGCCAUAUCUGAUCCAUUAAAGCCUAGUGCUCGGGAAGUGAUAUCGAUUCUCAAAUCAAUGAAUGUCAAGAGUAUUAUGGUGACAGGUGAUAACUGGGGAACUGCCAUGUCCAUAGCGAAGGAAGUUGGGAUUGACACAGUUAUUGCAGAAGCAAAACCAGAGUACAAAGCUGAAAAAGUGAAGGAAUUACAGGCUUCAGGAUAUACUGUGGCAAUGGUGGGAGAUGGAAUUAAUGACUCACCAGCCCUCGUGGCUGCUGAUGUUGGAAUGGCAAUCGGCGCAGGUACAGACAUUGCCAUCGAGGCAGCUGACAUCGUUCUUAUGAAAAGCAACUUGGAGGAUGUGAUUACUGCCAUUGAUCUUUCCAGGAGAACCUUUACCAGAAUCCGCCUGAACUACAUAUGGGCCUUGGGUUACAAUCUCCUAGGAAUUCCUAUUGCUGCCGGUGUCCUUUUCCCGUCUACUGGAUUCCGCUUGCCACCCUGGAUAGCUGGAGCUGCAAUGGCAGCAUCAUCAGUUAGUGUGGUUUGUUGCUCUCUUCUGUUGAGGUAUUAUAAAAGACCCAAGGAGUUGGAUUCACUUGAGAUGGGAGGAAUAACUGUUGAGUGAUGCAACCUGAUAAUCUGAUAUCAUGCUUUUGUGUAUAUUUAAGUCCAAUCUUUCAUAUUUGUUCUCUGCAAAUUAAGCCACUAGCUUAGCCACUAGAUCAAGUGAUCCACCUCUUAUCAUGUUCAUGUUGUCCUGUUACAAUGUAUUACACUACUUGCAUAAUCAUAUUAUUUA